AUGACUGCGUCCAGCACCGCGUCCAUGACUGCGUCCAGCACCGCGUCCAGCACCGCGUCCAUGACCGCGUCCAGGACCGCGUCCAGGACCGCGUCCAUGACCGCGUCCAGCACCGCGUCCAGCACCGCGUCCAGCACCGCGUCCAGGACCGCGUCCAGCACCGCGUCCAGGACCGCGUCCAUGACCGCGUCCAGCACCGCGUCCAGCACCGCGUCCAGGACCGCGUCCAGCACCGCGUCCAGCACCGCGUCCAUGACCGCGUCCAGCACCGCGUCCAGGACCGUGUCCAUGCAUCCAGCACCGCGUCCAGCACCGCGUCCAGGACCGUGUCCAUGCGUCCAGCACCGCGUCCAGGACCGGAGUCUCGUUGCAGCGAGCGAGAUCGAGAAACUUCAGAAAGACGAGGACAAGGAAGAGGAGAAGUUCAUCGACGUCGUCAUCAACAAGAACAUGAAGCUGGGCCAGAAAAUUUUAAUACCAGUCAAGCAGUUUCCUAAAUUUAACUUUGUGGGCAAACUCCUCGGGCCACGCGGGAACUCGUUAAAGAGACUACAGGAGGACACGCUCACAAAGAUGUCGAUUCUCGGGAAAGGAUCCAUGAGAGACAAAGAAAAGGAAGAAGAGCUACGGCAGAGCGGAGAGGCCAAAUAUCAGCACCUGAGCGAAGACCUGCACGUCCUCAUCGAGGUGUUCGCCCCGCCGGCCGAGGCCUACGCCAGGAUGGGUCACGCUCUGGAGGAGAUCAAGAAGUUUCUGAUACCCGAUUACAACGAUGAGAUCAGACAGGCGCAGCUGCAGGAGCUCACGUACCUGAACGGCGGCUCGGAGGAUGCCAAGGUGCCAUCGGUGAGGGGCAAGGCCGCCGCCCGGGGACGAGGGACACCUGUUCCAGGGCCUCCGAGGACCCGAGGAGGAGUUCCCCCACUGCAUGCAGCGGUGCCCCGGGGAGCAGCACCCAGAGGAGCCCCGCCCAUCCGGGCUCCGUCUUCCAGAGGGAGGGGCGUUCAGAGGGCCAGAGGCGCCCCGCCGACCGCCGGGUACCGGCCGGCUCCUCCCGUAGUUCAGGACACGUAUGGCGAAUAUGAAUAUGACGAAGACUACGGAACGACUUAUGAUGACCAAGGAUAUGAAUCGUACGACAACAACUACAGCAAUCAAGGACAGAACUCAGACGACUACUACGAAUACGGACAGAGCGAGGAGUCGUAUGAUUCGUAUGGACUGGAAGAGUGGACAAACAAUCGUGUCAAGGCACCGCCAUCACGGACAACCAAGGGAGUGUACAGAGAUCAGCCGUACACCAGAUAUUGA